CGCGCUUAAAUCAACAAAUACGGCAGAAGCAUGUUGUGAUCGACGCCGGCUAAUUGAAGUGUGUUGUUUACAACUUUCGUCGCGCUAAACCGUGAUUCGAUUGUGGCGCAAAAAGCAUUUACUAAUCUCAUACCGGUUGUUAACACGUGCAACAAUCGCACCGCGCACUGAAUAGAGUUAUGAUCAAUUGAUUUGUGUUCAUCUAAUAAUGAGGUUCCGAAAAAAUGUGUCAUAAUGAUGAUUAAAAAUAUGACGUUAUGAAAAACAGUACGAGAAGUAUGCAGAAGUGUGAUUUAAAUGAUCGAAUACAUAUGUACAUGUCUGUGUAAUAUUGUAUAUGUUUGUAUAGUCGCAUAGCAAACGCGUAGCCAGCACUUACAUGAGUGUACCUAAAUGAAACGUUAUAAAAUACGUCAAUUUCAUAUAUUCAUUUGCGGAUUUCUUGUUCAACGAACGCGUUCGAAUCGCGCCGUUCGCGUUCGAGUGGUGCAAACUCUUUCAACUCUUUCUGCAUCGUAAAUUUUUCGUUUAUGAGCCUUAGAGACGACACCGCCGGCCGCUUGAUUAUUGCUCGCAGCACGUCGCGUCACGCACCGUAAGCAACGCCUGCUCCCCUGUGAGGCUUGCGCAUCCCGCCGUCUUGCACAAGCCGCGAGCAUUUGCACAAUGCAUCAAGCGUGCGCCACUGCAUCAAUUGUGCCAGUUUUGCUUGAAUUCCUUAUUGCAGACAUUUGCCAGUAAUAAUUGUGGUUAAGACAAAGCACUACUGGCUAAACAAUAACAGCAAUACUAACAAUAACAUAACAAAAAACAAAAACAAAAUAGCAACAAUCAUCAACAGGUGUCAUUGCAUUUCUGCGCGGCGCUCUGUCUGCGUAUGUGCCUAUGUGCCUAUGUGUGCAUGUGUGUGUGUGCGGUAUAGCAUGGGUCGAUAUAGAGGCUUGCACAUACGCACGCACCUGCACGCGCUGAAACGCAUACGCACAAAUCCAAAGCACUCGAAAACAUUUGCAACAUUGGCGUCAACAUCGAGCAAGUAGCUGCGGCAAUAGCGACGCAUGACGGUUAUUUGUUUUGUAAGCUGUUUUACUAUUUAAUGGUUUUCAUGAACGGCCUGGGACCUGACCCUCUGCCAGCGAAGGAGGCAGAGGGACCUCCCGUUCAAAUGGAACCAGUUGACCUUAGCUUACGUUCCCUACAAGGAUCUCAAUCAACAAACUACAAACUGUUUGGAAGUAAACACAGUGAUGGAAAAGAUAGCACUUACAGUACAUAUUCUAUCAAUAGAGCGUGUGGUAAUAAUAAAAGCAAUAAAAGUGGUAAUGGCUACAGCCCGAAUCAUAACCAGGAUCGCUUCACCUCAUACACAUCGAGUUCCUCAUCUUCCUUCACUACAUCAACUCAGUUGCAGCAGUCCAGUCGGCAGUAUUUAUCACCAUUCUCCUCAGCGGUUUCUAAAUUCCCUAUACCUCCGCUGCUAGCAUCAUCAACAUUUUUCCUACCAUAUCGGCGCAUAAAAGAGGAGGUUAGCAGUAGUAAAACCAACACAUUAUCAAGUAACAGCAAUAUCAGUAUAAAUAGCGGUAAUUUCAACCAAAGCUUUAAUCAAGCAUCUUCUCAACCACACCGAAGCACUGGCAACAUGAUUACGCAUUCCUUCACAUCGUCUACACUCUCAUCUACAGCGGAAACGCCAUUUUGCAAUCCAGCUGUCGCAGCAGCUCAGCGAACUAUAAUACAAGACUACGAUCGGAAGUUUAGUUUUCUAAGCCUUUUCAAAAAUUCGUAUAAACAUUCAACGGAUCGAGGAACAUCAUCGUUCAGCUCAAGACUUUGGAGUUCCAACGAUACAAUCUUACCUUCCGCGCCGUCAAAUUUUCCGUCAUCGUGCAGCAAACAGGCUCAAGCAUCUGCUAAUUCUAACUCAAUAUCGCCAUGGAAGAUAAUGUCUUCAGCCGCGUCCACAAACAGCAUGAAUCAAGCAUUUUCGCAUUCCAGCUUUCAGGCACCUUCAAAUAAUGACGGUCGUAAAAAUGCAUUCAGCAGUAUGGUUUUGAGGGGAAGUGGUAGCAUGUUUGGACGAUAUGAAGAUCCAAAUGGAAGUAUAAACGCUAUCGGCUUUAGUGAUCUCUCUAAAAAUCGAAAAGUGCACAAGUGUGACACGGAGGGUUGUGAUAAAGUGUACACAAAGAGUUCCCAUCUUAAGGCGCAUAAACGCACCCAUACAGGUGAGAAGCCAUAUGUGUGCGACUGGGAGGGGUGUGUUUGGCGAUUUGCAAGAUCGGACGAGUUGACGCGUCACUACCGAAAGCAUACCGGUGUGAAGCCUUUUCGUUGCCAACUCUGCACGCGCUCUUUUAGCCGUUCCGACCACUUGUCCUUGCAUGUGCGCAGGCACUAAACUCCAAACAAAACUUAAACAAACAAAGUAGGCAAUAACAAUGGUACUGUAUAAAGAAAUGAAGUUUAUUUUAACGUAAAAACACUCAUAUAUUUUAGCAAAUUUUAGAAAAUUUUAUAAAUUAAUAAACUUAGCCAAUUAUCACGAUUAGUCUCGUAAGUACAGCAUAUAAUGAGGCUAUGAUAGAUACAACUGGAAACAAAUGGCUCAAUGUAAACAUACUCACAAAAACAUUUGUAAAAUUGUGUUCGGUUUUGUAUAUGACAGUGCACAUAGUAUACAUAUAUACAUAUGUACACACAUAUAUGUAUGUAUAUUAUAUACAAUGUACAACCACAUAGCUAAUACCUUAUGAAGUUAUAUAAGUUACUUAUGGUUGAUAGAUGAAUUUUUAAAGUGUAAUAAACUAUAUAAACUACACAUACAUAUACAUAUACAUAUAUUAUAUAUAAAUA